UGUCGCCCCUCCAACACCAGUAAGCCCGAAGCGACCAUAAAUAACGCGACCACUUCCUCCACAGUUAUGGCGACGCAAUUGUGUGAUAAUAUGUCUGUGUGAAAUGGUGGUGGUUAUUGGGGCUAAUAAAUGAGUUGUAUUUUUUACAAGAACAUAAAGGCUUCUCCCCGUAAUUUGAAGAAAGUUUGAUGCUGGACAGCAUUAACGGCUCUAUGGCAGGACAGUUCUUGGGAAGUUUGAGCCGCUGUCUGUGGCGCGAGGACUUCUGGCUUCCCAAGGGCUUGGCGUGGGACGACCUCCGUUCCACAGACCAGCUUCACUACCCGGACCCGUUCGACAUCUGGUUUUAUCCCCUCAUUCUCAGCGGCGUUUACAUCCUAUUCUGCAACUGGGUCGUUGAGCCACUCGUUCUCGCUCCCUUCGCGACUCUGCUGGGGGUCUCGAACAAGCGAUACCCAAGACCUCAGCCAAAUCAGACUCUGGAGAACCUCUACCGAAAAUACCACUUAAAAGUGCCGCUCAAGGUAUUAAUCAAGUCCUCGGAAACGACGGGUUUAACCGACCGCCAGAUAGAAAGGUGGUUACGCUGCAGGUACAAGUCUCAGCGCUUCAACCAGCGCGAUAUGUUCAUCGACUGCGGAAUUAAACUUCUAGGCCACACAAUGUUCGCUGUUUACGGAUAUACCAUCAUGUUCUCAAAGCCUUGGGUAUGGGACAUCACACUGUGCUGGGAGAAUUAUCCAUUCCAUACCUUACAUAGUGACAUAUGGUGGUAUUAUAUCUCCGUUCUCACUGUGUACUGGAAACUCUUUGUAUCCGAGUCUUUACAACCAGGAAGGAAACAGGACGACCGACUAUUCAUGAUCCUCCACCACGCCGUUACAGUCCUCCUCAUGACAUUCUCAUGGACGUGCAACUUCAUAAGAAUAGGAAGCCUGGUGCUGAUGGUCCACGAGAUCGCCGACGUCCCUCUCCUGGCCGCCAAGAUGUGCAGGUACGCGGGUAAGGAAGCGGCAGCCAACAUCAUCUUCCCUCUGUUCCUCGUCGUUUGGAUCGUGACUCGCUGCGUCCUGUACCCCUUCUGGAUCAUGCGCAGUGUGUUCUUCGAUGCCACGCGGUACAUGUUCAUGCCCUCGGCCUACGUGUUCAUAGCUCUCCUAACAGGACUCCUCAUGCUCAAUCUGAUUUGGACGUGGUUGAUCCUCAGCAUCGUUGCCAAGAAGAUUCGAGGAGGAAAAUUGCAAGAUUUCCGAUCAUCCUCCGAGAGU